AUGAUACGACACAUGACGGUGCCGGAGGGAACGGUCCUUGAGACCCUGAAGGAAUACUGGAAUCUGGCGGAUGUUGCAGCUGUUGCUCAGCCCUCCGUCCUCGCUACAAGAGGCUUGUGGACAGUAUCUUUCCAGCCAAUCCAGGGGGGGUUUUGGAUGUUUUCACAGGAGGGGCUGCAGAAGAACAAUAUGGACAAGCUCACUUUUUAUGCCCUUUCUUCACCAGAAAAAUUGGAUCGCAUAGGAGAAUACAUAGCUCAACGGGUGAACCGUGAUAUCCGCCGCAAGAUGGGGUUUGUGAGGAUAGCCAUGGAGGCCAUGGAUCAGUUGCUGUUGGCUUGCCAUGCUCAGUCCCUCAACUUGUUUGUUGAGAGCUUCUUAAAAACUAUACAGAAGCUGCUUGAGUGUCCAGAUCCUGAAAUGCAAGUCCUUGGCAGUCAGUCAUUUGUCAAGUUUUCCAACAUAGAAGAGGAUACACCUUCCUAUCAUUUGCGCUAUGACUUCUUUGUCUGCAAGUUUUCAUCCAUGUGUCAUGAUAACAAUGAUGACUUAAGUGCAAGAACCAAGAUCCGUAUGGCAGGGCUCAAGGGACUACAGGGUGUGGUGAGGAAGACAGUGUCAGAUGAGUUGGUUGAGAGUAUUUGGGAGCCAGAUCAUAUGAACAAGAUUGUGCCUUCUCUGCUCUUCAACAUGAGUGAAGGCUCUAGCGGUCCAUUGGAAUUGCACACUUCUUCAGUACAACCUGAUGGGAAUCAAAGUGUAUUACCUGGGGAAGAGAAGGAAGGUCAAGACCCAGCCUCCCUUGCAGACAUCUGCUUGCGAGAACUGGUGGCCAGAGCACCUUAUGGAAAACUGGAUACUGUGAUUCAAGCCAUGCUUUUGCAUCUGGACAACCAUAAACAGUGGGAUCCUAACAACUUUGCCAUUAGUGUCAUCCGACUUGUGCUCUUCUCAAUUCAAGCAAAAUAUUCACAAACUGUGAUGCAGAUUCUCAUGCGGCAUCUUGACCUACACUCCAAAGAAGAAGUCCGAUUACGAACUGGGAUUGCAGAUGUCAUUGCUCAAACAAUUACAAUUGCUGCUGCUGAGAGUGUUGGGCUGUCUCCUCUGGAAAUCAUCAAUUCCCUCCUCAUGCAAUUGAGGUUGGCUGUUGAUAGCAAGACAGAAGCAUCUUCAUCCACUGCUUCCCUUAGUGGAGCUGUCCAUUCCACUGAUGGCCCUAAUCAGACAGUACUUGAGGAGAGAUACCAAGCAACUCUGAUCAAUGCUCUUGGAGAAUAUGCCAAUCAUCUUCCAGACUACCAGAAGAUUGAAAUAAUGAAGUUCGUGUUGGGGAAGGUUCCGAAGCAUUCUCAGGGUCGGACAGACAUCCUCUUGCAGAAGAUAAUGCUCAAGAGCAUGCUGAAGGUUGGAACCACAUAUGUGACACACCAGUUCUCACAGACUUUCCAGAUGAACUUGGUGGAGCCCUUGUUAGGUCUGUGCCGUGCACGUAACGCAGCAGUUCGACUUCUAGUCCAACAAAUCCUUCACACACUCAUUGAUCGACAUAAUAAUCUCCCAAAAUUGGCUCAUCCCAGUUUGAACCCAGCUGAUCUGGACCUGGAGUAUGACCAGUGCACAUCAGCUGACAUACAAUUCUUCAAGCGACGGGGAGCUGACAUCUUUGUUGCUUUGUAUGGGAGUUUGUUUAUGGAUGGGAAUACAGAAGAGAAUAUCCUUGGAAUGACUACCACCCUUUCCUUGCUCUGCAUUGAGAUGAAUCAUCCUGAGGUCAUUGUGGAGAUGCUCCGCCUUAUCUUCAGUGUCCAGGAUUCAGCCCUGACAAGUGAAGCCCUGACAACAGCUCGCAAGUUCAACCUGCAUGGAAUGAAUGCAAGUCUGAUGAGCCUGCUUGCUUUGCUAGCCAAGUACCCAGCAUUCUCUGAACAUGUCCAACUGGUGAUAGCAAAGCGUCUGGAGAAUGCUCCUCAUCUUCUGUCUCCAAUCAGAGAACGCUAUGCUGGCAAUCUUUCCCCUGAUGACAUUCCUGAAGAGCUUUUGUUUUCUCGGGAUACAGUUGAGGAAGCGCUGAAGGAAGCAGGACUUGAUGGAGCUCGCAUCAAUGUGCCUUAUGCCAAUCCAACAAAUGGAUUUGGAAGUCUUCAAUCACAGCAGCCUGGUAGCAACUCUGAUAUAAAUUCAAUUGCUUUGGAGGUGGAAAGCAUCUCUUCCUCUCCAGGACUAUUUCCCUUUAGAGGAGGGCCAGAGGAGCAGGUGACAUUUGAUUCCUUGAAACGACUCCUGAGUGAGCCACCUGAGAAGACAGAAGAGGAGGAGGCAGAUAGGAACAAGCGUAUUGCUGAGAUGUUUCAGACCUCCACAUUUAAGGAAAUGCUUGCCAGGCAGCCCUCUACAGACAAUCUGCAAGAGAAGUUGACUGAGAUCUUCACUCGGCUGACCCGCAUUAGUGGUGAUUUUGAGUCUUUAUCUAUUUCUUCUGGAGACCCAUUGAAGAUGCAAACAUUCUCAGCCAGCACACAAGACAUUCAGUUCCCUGAUCUCUUUGUCAGUUAGGAGUGCAGGCUUUGCCCAUGGUCUGAGGUCAGUCUUAAGAGUACAAAUCAGUCCUAUUUUGAAUAGGACCAGUGCCUUAGUAGUAUAGCAUUCCAAAACAAAAAAAAAACCUGAGCAAUGGAGACAAGGAAGGGAGAAUACAUUUGCCUGCACAGAUCAUGAUCCCAAAGUCUGUCUGGCCCUUCCAUGAUUCCCAUCUGUCCCAUCUCCCAUCCCAUCCCACCUUGUGCUGUCUCUUUCCCUUUCCUGUUAUGUCAUAAACACAGUGAAUGAUAGGAUAGAAAAUGGAAAAUGAAACCAUUAUUCAAUGAUGAGGCAGCAUAUAAGCUGCAACCUCCAGAAUUGAGGUGUUGAUCUCAACUUCAUGGACUAUAUAUUUGAGAUAUCUGAGCCACAUCACUUAUGUCUGUAAUGCUACCAUUGAGUCAAAUCUAGGAGAUGGCAUGUAAAAGGACUUAAAAAGCUUUGAUGAAAGGAGAAAGAUUAGGAGGACUAUGUACAGCUUCAUUUUGAAAAUGGCUUAUGAUUCAGAGUAAUUUUCAUUGUCUCAGGAUAGUAUACCCCAUCAUUCAGUUUUUCUUUGGAAUUCUAUAUUAACCACGUGCAACCCUGUAUAUCCAGAGUCAGUCACAUGAAUUUGAAGCUGUGAGUAUGCAAUAAAAUUACAGACAAAUGAAAAAAUAUAAAAUAUUCAAUGAAAGAUUGAGAAAUUUACAUCUACUCCUAUAACUUUGUCCAAUACCAAGCCCAAAAUGUCCUAAUGUUAGUUUUAUAAUAUACAUGCAGCAUACACUGUUUCCGAAUUAAAUUCAUACCCCCUAUAGGAAUACUUCCAUCGAUUGCAGGUAUCAGGAUCUUUCACACAGGUGGUUUUAUCUAUCACCUAUUGAGGUGGAACUUUUGGAAGUGUGUAUUUUCUCCAUUCUCCACCAUAAGGAGGUGGUACAAAUUCAAUCCAGAAACAAUGUAAGAUAGUGCUGGUACUCUUUUUACUGCCCACUUGAGCUUCUAAUGCAAAAAAAGUCCCCCCCCCCCUCCCCCCAAUUUAUUUUCCUAGUCUAUUUAGCUAUCUUUCAUAUAAUCUUUGCAGAGCCAGGCA